UUUUUUUCUCCAUCCGUGUAGCGCUGCUUCCUGAACUCUCAGGACUCUUAUCAGCGUCACAGUUUGAGCUUGAAAACAAAACUUAUCACCGCCUUGAACAAGUGAUAAGCCGUGAAACUGAAGAGCACAAACCGAGAGGAGAAACAUGUCUGCUGCAAGAAAGGAACUCCAGGAGGCCUUGUGCUGCUACACUGCAGAUACUCUCAUCUACAUGGACACAGUGAGGGAAUUCUGUGAGAGGAACUCUAAGUGGAUGCUUGGGAGGGAGACGGAGGUGCAUAUGAUGAUGGACAUCAAAGACAGGGAUGACAACAUCGACCUAGGCAUCGGCCAUGUUACUCAGUCAGAGAGCAAAGGUACGGCCUUUCUGGAAUAUAUAAAGAGCAAGUUUACCCAGGUGACUGCAGACAGCAGGCGUGCAGAGCUGCAGGAGGAGCUGGCUGCUGUGGUGAAGGACACUCUGGGAGGCCUGGAGAAGCUCGACUGCUUCCUGGAUGCAGUGGAGAAUCUGGCGGUCACCUCACUUCAUGUGUUCACGGAGGAGAACCAGCUGUUACAUCUGCCAGAAGGGGUCAGCCCUGAACAUGUCCAGGUGGUCAUCACUGCUGCACGGACAGUCUGUCCUCUCCUCCUCGAGUUUAAACGAGAUGCCAGUGUCUUCUUCCUCCCCAAGCUUCAGAAUGUGGAAGUGCUGUCAUAUCAGCUGGACAAAUACAUUCAGGCCACCCAGGAAAUCUGUGACAAGCUAGAGAAAAGCUCCUUCAGUGACUUUAGCCUGAAGAUGAACACAGAAAGUCUGGUGGACCUCAGUGUGGAUUUGUCUGAAGAUGACAUACAAAGGAUGCUUGAUCGCAUUAAUUACCUCGAUGAAAUCAGGAUGAACCAGAGCUUCCGGACAGUGUUCUUGUUUCAGGAGGAACCAUGUUGUGGCUUCAUCAGUGAGUUCAGUAAGAGACGUCCUGAUAUGUUGCAGUUUCUAACAGACCUGGAGGAGAUUGCUGUUCAACUGGACAGGAUGAGUAAGGGGGCCAAGAUCUCCAGUGUGGCCGGCAGCUCGGUCGGGGCAGUUGGAGGUGUGCUUUCCAUUGUUGGUUUGGCAUUAAUUCCUGUAACAGCUGGAGCGUCUCUAGCGCUGACGAUGACUGGUGUGGGGCUGGGAAUUACCAGUGGAGUCAACAGUGCUGUCACCACCGCCACAGAGAUCGGAGUGAACCACACGCAACAAAAGAAAGCCAGUGAAACCUUCAAAAACUUCAUGGAGGAUGUGAAGAGUAUCCAGGAUUGUCUGGAGGAGGUGACCCAAAGAGCAACAAACGGGGUGGAUGUGGCUGUGGGAGUCGGCAAGGUGCUCUGUAAAGCGGGUGCUAUUGGAAAGAGCAUUGACUCGAUGGUUGAUGCUGCUUCUGCUGUUAAGCUGUUAAAAAGUGAAGAGAUGCUUGCAAGUGCUGGUAAAGUGGCAGCGCAGGAAGGAAAAGCGUUACGUAACGUACCCAGGGUGGCAGCAGAUAUCCCAGAUAUUGGACAGGCAGCAGUUAAAGGGCCUCUUGCUCUCUCCAAGUCAGCCAGGGCCGGUCUCAUCGGGCUCAAUGCGCUCUUCCUCGGCAUGGAUAUCUUCUUUAUCUGUAAAGACAGCGUCAGUCUGGCCAAAGGCAGCGAGACUGAAUUAUCACAGUUCAUCAGAGCCAGAGCUGCACUGUGGAGCUCAGAGAUGGACUCAUGGCAGAAGAUCCAUGACUUCCUGUGCAAAGGUCUGCUGGGAUCAGAGAAAAACAAAUUCUUCCUGGAGACGCCGUUUUAUCCAGAGAGGGAGAUGAAGAAACACAGAGACACAGAAAUGGAAGUGUCAUUUGAUGAAGUGGAUGAAAUACAACAAAUGAACGAGAAAAAGUCAUGUGUGAUACAGUAGUGCUCAAUGAACAGAGAUUACUGCACAUUUAGAAUAAACUCAACACUCAGAUCACAUACAGUAUCAGAUCCAUUUAAAGUCUCUGUUCAGCAUUAAACAUCAUUAAAAUGCAUCUUUAAAGAAGUCUUAUUAGCUGUAAUUCUCAUGACAUAAACCAAUUUAUUGGGUCAACUCUUUCUUACUUAUUGUAAAUGUAUUAGCCUUUUGCUCAACCUGUUUCAAAAUAUAAAGCAUCAUAAGCCUGAUUUAAAUACAUACAUUAAUUGAUAAUACAUGUAAAUGAAAAAAAAAAAUUACUGCUUUAAUGCAAUAUAAAAUAUUUUAUGCAAAUUGCAUUCUGUACAGACUGUUUAAAUUGCAUUAUAAACAUGUAACAUUAAAUCUGCACUUUUUUGCACUAAUAAACUAA